UGAUAAGCCGCGCGGGUCUUACAAUCGCAAAUCAUUGAGAUAUCUAAUGAUGUUCAUAGACCACUGCAACAAAAUGAAGAAGUUCUUAGCCUGCUGUACUCAACAAGAACACGAAGAUAAAAGAGAGGGACGAAGGCUGCGCAGAAAGAUGGUGAUCGUUGGAGACGGUGCCUGCGGCAAGACCGCCCUAGUGACCAGGAUGGCUACCGGAAGCUUUGUGGACAUUGGCUACAUCCCAACAGUGUUUGAGACGGACAUGAUUGAAGUGAAUACGGGCAGGGAGACAGUUGAUCUGGUCAUAUUUGAUACAGCGGGACAAGAAGACUAUGAUCGUCUGAGGCCAUUCUCUUACAGCGAUGUGGACGUGGUUCUCAUCUGUUUUUCUUUGGCCGACUCUGACACGCUGUUAAAUGUCAUGUCCAACUGGGUUCCAGAAAUUCGUUAUUACUGCAAGGACGCGCCCAUCAUUCUAGUUGGCAACAAGAAAGACCUUCGGGACCCGGAACUCUCUACUUCAUGCAAGAGCUCAACGCAUUCACUCCUGGCCGAUUCCCCAGCUGCAGAGUCCGCAGCCGUGCAGGAGACAAGCGCAGCUAGGCCAACGUCAGUUUUCGAAGACCUGAGCAGGCCAGUCUACAAGGUCAAUGCUCCGGUGAAGCACAGCGAGGGCGCCUUGAUUGCAGGGAGGAUCGGCGCCAUGGCCUACUUUGAAACGUCUGCCCUGAAGGGCGAUAAUGUGGAAGAGUUACUGCUGGCCACAACCAAAGCAGCAGUGUUGGGUAUCAAAAAGUCCAGGAAAUACAGACCAUUUACUGAUACACUUAGGAGCUGGAAAUCUGUACAGGCUUUGAGGGGAAAGAACAGCUGAUAGGAUAAAUCUUCAGGCUUUGAUGGGAAAGAGCAGCUGAUAGGAUAAAUCUGUAGGCUACAGGCUUUGAGGGAAGAAAACAGCAGAUAAGACAAAUCUGUACAUGGUUUGAGGGGAAACAGUAAAAGAUUUUACAAACUAUUGAAAGACCCGAAGCUUGUUUUCUCAGCUAAAGAGUUGGUAGGAGCAAACAGGUCAAGCUCGGGCUUACACAGAAAUGAAAUUAUGACCUGAAGACAGU